AUGUUGUUUCAGAAUAUCCUCAUCGCCGCUUCCAUCGGCCUCGCAGCCGCAUCUCAGUCCUCGGGGCAAGGAUGUGGUCGCAAGAUCGCACCCUGUCCCGAAGAUACCACCUGCAAGCCAACUCUUGACAACUGCAAAGACCUCAACAAAUGCUCAGGCAUGUGUUACUUCAAGAACCAAUAUCAAACCUGUGGAGGCUUCCGCGCCACGCCUCCUCCGCCCUGCAAGAAGGGAACCCACUGUGUUGAUGACCCUCGAACCCCCGGGGACUGCGGCAUGGCUUGUGAUAAGCCUGGCAUCUGUGCGCCCAAGAAACCGCACACAUGCGGAGGAAUUAUCGGAAAGGAAUGCCCCAAGGGUCUGUACUGUUACGAUGAUCCGUCGGAUGAUUGUAAUCCUAAGAAGGGCGGGAAUGAUUGCUCUGGAAUUUGCCUGUAG